AUGUUCACACGUGUAGGAGAUGUAGAGCAUGCGAGCACGGUUAAGGACGUGAAACUUGAUGUUGUUGAUAAUGCGAAACUAGAAGAUGAUGAUGGUGACGGCGUCAUUAACGACGACGAUAAUGACGGCGGUCCGUACGAUUUGUUUCUUGUAAAAGCCAUUGAUGUUGGAAGAGAAAAGAUUUCAAUGUGUUGGCAGUUAAGAAAAGUUUGUUCUUGUUCUUAUAUGGUUGUUUGUUCUGAUUUUGUGAUUAUCUCUGUAACUGAUAUGAUUUAUUUCUUUCCUCCAUGUUCUGAACUGGGGAUUUCUGGAAACUCCUUCGGAUUUGGCUUUGAUUUUAUAAGAACAGUGAAUAAGUGGUUGCUUGAUGCCUCUGUAUUGAUUGAAUGUGGUUCUUUGCUCACACAGAUGUCAAACCUUGACCAACAGCAAGUUGCUCUUGUUGAUGUUGAGGGGGUUGAUGGCUCAUCUCCUGAGUUACCCCCUUCAACUCAGCAGGAGCAACCUGUUGCUGCUGCUGAGGGCUCAUCUGAGCCUUCUCAGCAGCAAAAAGAAGAUGCUAAUCCUGCUGCUACUGGAGGUAAACCAGUUGAUAAAAAACGUAAGCAAAUUCCUGUUAGAUCUAAAGUUUGGGAGCAUUUUGAGCGCAUAGUUGAUGAAUAUGGCAAAUUACUUAUGGCUAAAUGCUUGUAUUGUGCAAAAAUAUAUAAUUCUGACACUAAAGUGAAUGGGACUUCCACACUUAGAGCCCACAUUCUUGCAUGUCUUAAGAACCCUCAUAGUAAAGAUACCAGACAGACCUUGUUAACUCUACAACCUGUUUCUGCUAGUCAUGAUGAAACUGAGGGGAAGGGAAAUUUGGGGGUUUGGAAAUUUAAUCAAGAUGACAUUAGGAAAGCAUUGUCUUAUAUGCUCAUUGUAGAUGAGUUGCCUUUUAAGCAUGUAGAAGGUAUGGGGUUUAAGAGAUUUAUGAGUGUUGCAUGCCCAAGGUUUCACAUUCCUUCUAGAUGGACUGUUAAUAGGGACUGCUACCAAAUGUUUCUUGAUGAAAGGUUGAAGUUGAAAAAUAUUUUGAAAAAUGGGAGUCAAAGAGUUAGUAUCACAGCAGACACAUGGACUAGUAUUCAACGUAUUAAUUAUAUGUGUGUUACCUGCCAUUGGAUAGAUAAUGAUUGGAUUCUUCAUAAAAGAAUCAUUAAUCUUGUACCUGUUUGUGGGCAUAAAGGGGACUACAUAAGUAAAACACUUGAAAAUUGCUUGCUUGGUUGGGGUCUUAAGAAUGUUUUCACAGUAACUAUGGAUAAUGCUGGUAAUAAUAACACUGCUAUUGCUGCAUUUAAGAAAAAAAUGAUUUCUUGGGGCACUGAUGUUUGUAAAUGUGAAUAUUUGCAUAUGAGGUGUAUAGCACAUGUGAUCAAUUUGGUUGUGUCUGAUGGUCUGAAAGAAAUGCAUGAUUCUGUUAAAAAAGUUAGAGAUUGUAUACGUUACAUUAGGAACAGUCCAUCUAGACUUAAGAAAUUUAAAGACCUUGCUGCUGCUGAUGAUAAAAUUGGCACCAAAAAGUCCUUGUGUCUUGAUGUUGCAACUAGGUGGAACUCCACUUAUCUUAUGCUUGACACUGCUUGCUUGUUUCAAUCUGUUUUUGAGAGUUAUGAAGAAUCUGAUGAGAGUUUUAGGUCUGAUAUGGCUGAAUGCAUUCCUACUUUUGUUGAUUGGGAAAAUGUGAAGAAGUUUGCUACUUGCUUGUCAUAUUUCUAUGUCACAACUUUGAGAAUAUCUGGGUCUUUGUAUGUCACAUCUAACAUGCAUUUUCAAGAGAUUGUUGACCUUUCUAUCAUGUUAGAUGAAAUGCUUAAUAGUGAGGACCAUCAGAUUAUUCUAAUGAGCAGAAAAAUGAGGGAGAAAUUUAACAAAUAUUGGGGUGAUCCCCAGAAGAUGAAUAAUCUGAUUUUUUUUGCACAUGUUUUUGAUCCUACCAGUAAAAUGAAACAUUUGUUGUUUGCUUUGAAAGCUCUAUUUGGUCCUGAGCAAGGUCUUAAGUUAUUUGACACUGUGAAUGAUAAGCUGACAAUCCUGUUUGCUGAGUAUGAAAAGGCUUAUGUACAUGGUGGUUCAUCUGCUUAUGUUAGUCUUAGUCAGUCUUCAGAGGCUGUUUCUGCUCAAACACCAAUCCUGCCACCACCUGCAAAAAGACAUAUGUCCCUUAUGAAGGCCAAAUUUGAUGAGCAGAACAAGGGUAGUGAUUCUGGUAGUAGGAAAUCUGAGCUGGAAUUGUACCUGAGUGAGGCUACGGUUGAGAAUGAUGAUGAUUUCAAUAUUUUGAAGUGGUGGAAGCUAAACUCAGGGAGAUUUCCAAUCCUUUCAAGGAUGCAUUUAGUACUUAUGGAAGAGUACUAG